AUGCACAUCCCCCGCGACGGCGCCGCCACCCCGCUGAAGCCACCCCUGGACACCUGGCUCUUCGAAGACGUCCAGAUCCGCAAGGUGGUUCACGUAGACAACGACAACAAUAACAAUAACAACGGCGACGACGACCGGAACAACUGCAACAGACACACCACCUUAAACCGGGCAGACCUCCCCUCGCCGAACCCAGCUAACACCCGCACGCACACCCGUACGACUGCUACGACCACGACCAAGACCACCGCCACUAAAACCACCACCACUGCAAAGACAACGGUUGGUAACCUGUCAGAUAAUGAAUAUGACAGAAGCACAGCUGGAAAUCUCGAAAGGGAACAGGAGGCCGUACGGGAGCAGAUGAGGAUGGAGAAAUCAUUUAGGGAUGCGAAGGCGAGGGUGAGGGAGAAGGAGAGAGAAAACGCGAGGGCGGAGGGGGAGAAAAGUCGGUUCGGGGGGGAGAAGGCCGAGAGGGAGCGGAUCGAGAGGGAGGUGAGGCGGGAGAUGGCUAUGCGGGAGCAGGAGCGGCAGCGGCUGAAGGCGCGGAUCGAGGAGGAGAUAACAGUGAGGGAAAGAGAGCGCGAACGGGAGAGGGAGCGGGAGAGGGCGCUGCGGGAGGAGGUAGAACGGGAGGUCCAGGCGGAGAUGGAGAACCGGGCGGCGGCGCUGAGACGGGCAAAAGAGCUGGAGGAGGCGGCGGUGGCCAGGGCGAUCGAGGAGUCCAUCAUCAGCGAGGCCGCCAGAAAGCUCUUGCUCGAGGAACGGGAGGAGCGUGAGAGGAGGCGAGUAGAGGAGGCGAUCAGGAUGGAGGCGGAGGCUCGAAUGCAGAGGGAGAGGUUGUUAAGGCGGCGCGCGGAAGGCAAGGCAAACCGGGAUGUGCAGGCGAGGUCCGGCACGAAGAUGGCGGGAGUCGAUGCCGCUGGGCUCUAUUAUGAUCUGGGCUCUCCACCCAUCGUACCGCAGCUUGGUGAGAUCAGGGCCUUAGCUGGUGUCGACUGGCUGCAAGACGGGCCUUUUGGGAUUGAGUCUCCCUCCGAGGCAUACUCGGGCGACAACGAACUCGCCGACCCGGCACCGGAGGAGGCGCCAACCUGGCAUCAACAAGCCCCGCCGCGCACAAACACAUCCCCCGGGGGGAGAGUCUCCUUGGACGGCGACAUGAAAGCCUUUGUGGGCCGGAGCAACCGGGGCAAGGGUGCCAGUUCACACUGGCGGGAGAAGACCACUGAACGCUGGGAGACCAUUGUCCAGCGGGAUAACCACUGCCAUGACACAUAUCACCGUUUUAGCGAGGUCUCCAAGUCAACCAGGAAAUUCUUGUAG